GAUGAAAGUUGAAAGUGGAGAGUACAUUCACUCUCCCUUGAGCGCGUGGCGAAACCAAGCAAAGUAUCACAAAUCAAUCAAUUAAUCAAAAUCCUCGUUGGAUCUCUCCUAGUUGCAGAGUUUAUAGACGCACAAAAGACAUGCUCAGCUGAGAAUAUCACCGGAAGUUCACAGUAAACAGGCGGAGGCGGCGCGUGACUGUUGUUGAAUACCAAAGCGGAGAUGCCGGAACAUCCUGCUACUGACUUAUCUGCCACCGACAAUAUUGGAACUGUCAAACGCUAUGCCCCUCCCAAUCAGCGGAAUCGUUCACUCGGCAGGCGAAAAUCUGGAGGAGAUCGACUUGAACGAGCUAACAGCUACGCUAGUGAUGGAGAGAAGAACCAAAUCAGUGUCUCUAGUUCUGUAUCUACUGUAGCUGAUGCAAGUGGUGUCAAUCGAGCGAAUGAGUAUCCUCCAGCAAGGUUAAUACCGCUACAAGGAUGUGGUACAAGUGAAGCUUUUCAGCUACUGAAUGAUCGCUGGGCGGCUGCUCUGAAUGCUCACAACAAUUUACCAGAUGAUUCUAUUGAAAGGCCAGUCAUGUACACGAAAAGAUCACCCUGGGGGCAAGCAAUGCUUCCACAUCAAUUAAUGUCACAAGCAGGAGCUGGAUCUUCUACUGGGUCACACAAGGAUUUUUUAAGUGAACUUCGGGUGGCAAUGCUCAGUGCAAAUGCCAUUUCUGAUGCCUAAUUAUUACCCAUCAAAUGUCCAAAACUAAGUUAUGCAGUUUCAGAAAUCUUUGCACUGCAAUGUGUUAGAUACCUCUUGUAAGCUAUCAUCAAUGCUGAAUAACUACUUGAUAUUUAAUCUGUUUGAGAAAGACAAUGUGUAUCAUUAAAUUGGCAAUUCUGCACCCUUCCACAUUUCUGUCUUUACGUUA